AUGAAGCUCGUCCUCGACCUCGUCGUCAACCACACGAGCGACCAGCACGAGUGGUUCAAGCAGUCGCGCUCCUCUAAGGACAGCCCCUACCGCGACUGGUACAUCUGGCGCCCCGCCCGCUACGACGCCGACGGCACCCGCCACCCGCCCAACAACUGGGACGCCCACUUCCAGGGCAGCGCCUGGGAGUGGGACGAGCACACGCAGGAGUACUACCUGCACCUCUUCUGCACCGAGCAGCCCGACCUCAACUGGGAGAACCCGGCCGUGCGCGACGCCGUCCACGCCAUCAUGCGCUUCUGGCUCGACCGCGGCGCCGACGGCUUCCGCCUCGACGUCAUCAACUUCAUCAGCAAGGACCAGGCCUUCCCCGACUCGGACCGCACCGUCCUCCGCGGCGCCGAGCACUACGCCGCCGGGCCCCGCCUGCACGAGUACCUCGCCGAGCUCGGCGCCAUCCUCCGCGAGUACGACGCCUUUAGCGUCGGCGAGAUGCCCUGCGUCACCGACACGAACGAGGUCAUCAAGAGCGUCAGGGCCGACCGCGGCGAGCUCAGCAUGAUCUUCCACUUUGAGUUUGUCGACCUCGACCACGGCGACCAGGGCAAGUUCUCGCCGCGCGCGUGGCCGCUCGCUGACUUCCGCGCCGUCGCCGACAAGUGGCAGCGCUUCAUGUACGCCAACGACGGGUGGAACGCCCUCUACCUCGAGAACCACGACCAGCCGCGCGCCGUCAGCCGCUUCGCCAGCGACGCGCCCGCCCACCGCGCCGACGCCGCCAAGAUGAUCGCCAUGGUGCAGGCGCUGCAGGGCGGCACGCCCUUUGUCUACCAGGGGCAGGAGCUCGGCAUGCACAAUAUCCCCAAGGAGUGGGGGAUGGAAGAGUACAAGGACGUCGACUGCCUGAACCACUGGAACCUCUACAAGGACUCGCCCGACGAGAAGCGCAAGGCCGCCUUCCGGGUUGAGUACCAGAAGAAGUCGCGCGACAACGCCCGCACCCCGAUGCAGUGGACCGCCGGCCCCCACGCCGGCUUCACGACCCCCGACGCGACGCCCUGGAUGCGCGUGCACCCCAACCACACCGUCAUCAACGCCGACGCCCAGGUCCACGACCCGGCCUCCGUCUUUGCCUGCUGGCGCACGGUGCUCGACACCCGCAAGACACACAAGGACGUCUUUGUGUACGGCGACUUUGCGCUCGUCGACGACAACCACGACAAGAUUUCGCCUACGCGCGGACCGCCGACGACGGCGCGACGGCCGUCGUCGCGGCCAACUUCUCCGCCGACGAGGUCGUCUGGGAGGGCUUCAAGGGCAGGACCGUCGCCGCGGUGCUCGUCACGAACAAGGGGCGGACCGUCGACGCGUUGGCCGGCGAUGCCGUCACGCUGGCGCCGUAUGAGGGUGUUGCUGUCCUGCUGGGCUGAGGGGCCUGGGUGCUGCUGCUGCGGCGUCGGGAGCGCAAGGGAAGGGAAGAGCGAGGCUAGACUUAUGACUGCAUGA